AUUAAAUUAUCAUGCUGCCUUGUGAUUGGAGCUCCGUUCAAAAUACCGACGGUGACUGGAUUAACGCGUAGAGGUGGGCGUGGUUUACAAAUGUAAACUUAAAAACAGCAACAAACUUUGAGUUGAACACAGAGGUGCCUCGCAGCGCGGAUAGUGAAGGCGUGCAGACGGACGCGGCGUUUAACAAUUCGCAGUGGGACUUUCUACAACAAUACAUAUUUCAGCGCUCAUUUGUUGAAUAAAAUUCAAAUUUUGAGCGGACCUGGUAUGGACUAUUGCUACAUUUGAACAGGAGCUAUCCCGGUGAUAUCACUACUGUUUUUCUUGGACAAGUUUGAGGUUAUUUUUUAGCAUCCAGUUUGAAAAUGUUGGACACACGAAUGGAUGACCUGCACUUGCACCAAGUUAACGACGUCAGAGGGAAAACCGCGAAAGAGCCUUUUGAAAAACAGUAUCAUGUUGGUGCCCUGCUGGGAAGCGGUGGUUUCGGGUCCGUCUUCGCUGGACAGCGAAUCGUAGACGGAUUGCAGGUGGCCAUUAAAAAAGUUUCCAGUGACAGAGUACAACAAUGGGCACGACUGCCGGAUGAGCCCAGCCCGGUUCCCAUGGAGAUCGCCCUGCUCCUGCAGCUGGGAGGCGGGUCUUGCUCUGGCCCUUCACACAAAGGGGUUAUCCGGAUGCUGGACUGGUUCGAGAUCCCUGGCCAGGGUUUUCUGAUCGUGUUCGAGAGGCCGCAGCCUUGUCAGGACCUCUUCGACUUCAUCACGGAGCGUGGAGCCCUUGAGGAACCUCUGGCUCAAAGGUUCAUGCGGCAGAUAGUGGAGGCUCUUCGGUUCUGCCAGUCAAGGGGGGUCGUGCACAGAGACGUCAAGGAUGAGAACGUGUUGGUGGACACCCGGACAGGAGACGUCAAGAUAAUCGACUUCGGCUCCGGUGCUCUGCUCAAAGACUCCAUCUACACAGACUUUGAAGGAACUCGGGUGUACAGCCCCCCAGAGUGGGUCCUGCAUCAGCGCUACCACGCACGGCCACUGACGGUCUGGUCCCUGGGGGUGCUACUGUUCGACAUGGUGUGUGGGGACAUCCCCUUCGAGAGGGACAGUGAGAUUGUGGAGGCCAAACCCAGUUUCACUAGGCGCAUCUCUAAAGAAUGCCAGUCUCUGAUUCGCUGGUGCUUAGCAUACCGCCCAGAGGAUCGACCAUCCCUGGAACAGAUCUUGCUCCAUCCUUGGAUGGAGAUGACAUCAGAUGACUGUGGUGACUUGCAAGGAGGAGACGGCAUGCCGAGCCAGUCAAGCCUGUAAACUCUGUAUACUUAGGAGUGGUUUAAGGAAACUUCACGUGCCUUAUUUACUUUUCCUAACUCCAGUCUACUAGUGCACUGGAACUUCUCACCCAGGAAACAUAUUUAUUUUAUGUUAUAGUCAAAAAAGUGAGCAACAACUACUAUAGAAAGAUUUUCAGUGUUUGAACAUAGCAUGUGCAAAGACUUUAACACAUACAUAGUUCUAGCCAUGUUGCAAUUGUUCGAGAAAGCUUAAAACAAUUACAUUCUAAAAGGAAAACCAGAUGGGACCAAUACAAAUGUUUGCUGGGUUGAAACAGUUGUUGCAUUACAAACUGAUUACACUGUGGCCACAUGCAUCAUUGUGGACUUUGAAUCUUGAAUUUCCUAUUUAUUACUAAGUAUUUUAUUCUCCUGGGUGACUUGUCUAUUUAUUUAAAUCUGUAAGGUCAAAGGGCAUGCUGAAGUUUCUGACACCCUCUUAGAUUGUCUAAGAAAUGACAAGUUGGUAAUUGAAUGCGUUGAGUGCGCAUUGCGUUGCCUUGCGGAAACCUGGUUUUACAGGUUGUUAUAAGCAAUGGCAUUUUGUACCUCAUUUUGAGGGAGCCAUGGCUCAUAUAAUUCCAUUUCCCCUGAUAAUGGAAGGAAGUUCACUCACAAUAUACUACAUCAGGAUGCCUCCAUCUCCAAAGACCUCAAGGGAGCUGCAGCCUGGGACAUUAAAACCAUUGACUCUGGAGAAAAGGAAUUGGCAGCCCUGUGAAACCUGGCAAAGGACUCAGUUCUAGAGUUCUACGUCUUAGCCUCACAUAUGAGUGUUCUACUCUAAAAAUGCUGGCACAUUUUUUUUUUUUUACUUCUCUGCCUCAGGUAGUAUAAUUAUCGAGGCCGUUUGCAGUGGAAUUCAAUGUAGAAUGUCACCAAACCAGAAGCGAAGCUUGAUGCUGAUCUGUUAUUUAAUUCGUUCAAAAAUAACUCUGGAAGGUUGUGCAAUGUCUCAACUGUGUUCAGAUGUCAACCAUUUUAUAUUUACACUGAGCAGCCUAUCCAGUCUAUUUCUCAGGUUAAGUCUUAAUGUUUAUCUAGAGAGCCAAAAACAACCUCGUCUGCCUCUAUUUUAACCAGUUUCAGUAGACCAAGAACACUGUCUGCAUUUAGAACUGGCUGGUAUACUUAUUAUACUUAUAUUUAUUUGUCUUGUUUUGAUGAAAUCUGUACCUUUUGGACCAAAUGUGUCUUGUUUCUGGACAAAGAUUUACUGAUUCACUGAAGUCUGUGCCUUUUUGCAGCUGUAUUGUUUCUGUGGAUGUUGUGGGAAAGUGGCAUGGAGAAUGGAACUUAAUGUAACACUUGUCAGGAUAACAUUAACAAGUGCAUAAUAGUAAUGGGUACUUUAAAUUGAUGAACAUUUGGAUGUUCAGUUCUUGACACCUAAAGUUUUCAGCCAGUGUUUCGAAUAAUUUGUUAAUACACCAUUUAAGAUUGUUUUGGAAGGAACUGAAGUAUUCCUUUGUUAAGCAGCGGUUCCCCAGUAAUUGUUUUAAAGUGUCAAAUUACUUGUCAAUUACUUCUACCCUUUUCAAUAUAUAACAUUUGAUGAGGAGAUGGGGAUGGAAGAGCAUGAUGCUGCAGUACUUACUGUUUUUGCCAAUCCUGGUAAAUAUUCUGGGGUUGGAAGAGUUUUAUUUUUUGUAAAUACUUAUGUAUUUGUUUGUUG